AUGGGCGACCCCGCAACUGAUCCCAAGGCGGCGCCGCUCGCCGACGAGCUGAAAGAGCUUGCUAUGUCGCUCCCCACGACGGCCUUCCCAAAGAACUUCUUCUGCGCCCUGUGUAACGAGCUUGCGUUCGACUCAUACAAGCUGAUCUGCUGUGCGAAAUCCAUAUGCUCACCAUGUCAAGGAAACCUCCAGUUCCCGACAGCGUGUCCCUCGUGCGACCACUCACCGCUCGAGGCCGACUCUUGCACACCGAACAAGUCUCUGCGUAACACGAUGCGAGUGUGGCUACAAAAACAGAAGAAGAAGGAAGAGGCCAAGGCCGCGGCACAGGCAGCUACCCCGCCCGUCGAGGUGACACCGGCCGCGCCUGAGGUCCUGCCGGUCGGUGAUGGUACAGAGCAGCCCGUAGACAGUGUUGAGGAUGCGCACAAGGCAGAAGGCGGUGCUGCUGAACAAGCUGCUGGUUCUGUCGAGGCCCCAGAAGAGGCUGGACAGCGCGCCGGCUCGGCCGCGGCUCAACCAAAGGAGGAAAAUGCUUCUCCUGAAAUUGAGACUGAGCGGCGCGGUAGCACCGCCUCCCAGAGCGUGACCAACAACACGGGACCUUCAGCGGCCGACAGCUCGACCGACGAGCAAAAAACCUCCAACGGAACUAAUGGCAUGAUGGGCAACAACCCGCCGAUGAGCGGCGUGCAAAGCCAGAUGGGCUUCGGCUUCCCCAAUCAGGGCGGCUUCAGCAAUGGCAUGGCUUGGAACGGGAUGCCUAAUAUCAUGGCCAACGGCGGCUGGAACGGCAUGAAUCCUAUGGAUUUCAACAACAUGAACGGAAUGUACGGCAACUUUGGAGGGAACAUGGGCUUGGGCAUGAACGACAUGUCUGCCAUGAAUAUGAUGCAGUACGGUGGCGGCUAUGGCAAUGGAUGGAAUGGUAUGGGCAGUGGCUAUGGAAACUUCAGCGGGCCCAAUCAGCUGGGUGGCUUUAAUCAAUCUGGAGCAUAUCCCGAGAUGAUGAACCAGUUUCCCAAGAAUAAUUUCCCAAACCAGAACCACAAUCGUUUCCAUGCCAAUCAAGGAGGAGCACAUCCUCAGCGAAACAACAAGAAUGGCAGCCAAGGUGGCUUUGGUCCUGGUUGCCAGAAUGCGCCUGGUCGUCCGGGCAGCCGUGGCGGUCCUUUGCAAAACCGUGACGACCAGUCGCCUGACGGAAAUGCCAACCCUGCUCCUGAGGUGAAGGCCGAGGGCGAGCAGUCGAAGGCGUCCGCAGAUCCAACUGAAGAAGGUAAGGACAUCGUCGACGCUAUUCCAGUAUCGCUCGAACCACAGACUUCAGCAGAUGGGGUUGGUGCUGGCAAUGCUAGCGAAGCUGCUGGCGACGACACUAACCAGGCAGGGGGUGGUCCACAAUGCGAGACUCAAGACGGCGGUCUGAAGCCUAUACAAACUGUAGACUCUGGCGAUGCAGACAUGCGAGAGUACGACCAGUCUAUGAUGGGCCCUGGUGUGCCAUACCCUCAAGGAAUGAUGAAUCAGUUCCCGGAUCAGCACAUGAAUGCAGCCUUCGACCCCAGUAUGAACAUUAUGGGAUACAAUGGCAACUAUGGUCCACGUGGCGGCUUCAAUAACGGGGCUUAUGGUGCGGCGACAGUUCUGACAGGUCAGCCAACGGAACCGAUUGGUGUCGGUGUUGCAGGUGCGCCAACUGGACCACGCGCGAUGAGAGAAGGUCGACCCAACACUGGUUUCUCGAGUCGUGCCCAUGGUGGGCGAUAUGCAGCCCCGCCACCACCCAAAAGCGUUGCGUCUGCUCAAGAUGCGACAGCUGCUAGUCCACAGCGUAGAGUUCGAUCGCGGUCACCUCUCCGAGAUGAGAGUAUGCGGGUCAAGGAACGCUCACCCACGCCUUCUCGACCACAAUCACGAACGAAGGGUGAUGACAGAAGUGAGCAACGUGAGCGAUCGCGUUCUGCAGAUCGUCAUUCUCGUCGCGAUGACCGCGGUAGAUCCGUUUCGCCAUUGAACAACGAAUACGAGGAUCGCAAAGACCGCAAGCACCAUCGAUCGUCACGCUAUGAUGACCGUGACCCGGAGUAUGAUGAUCGUUACCGCGACGAGAAGGGCAGCCGGGGUGACCGUACACGAACUGCAUCGGUAGACUCCAAGUAUCGUAGCAGCCGUCGUGACAAGGACAAGCACCGUUCAUCGCGGUCCCACCGCGACCGGAGCAAGGAGCAUCGUCGUCGCCAUCGCUCCCGAUCACCUCGUGAGGGAGACAAAUAUGAAGACGAAGAAGCGUACGGCAAUGGCGAAAAGGAUUCUGAUGGCAGUUCACGACGCAAGCACAGGAGCGGGCGCGACCGCUCACGCGACAAGGAACGUGAACGAGACCGCAAGGAUCGUAAAGAGCGAGAGCGAGACCGCAACUAUGAUUACGACCGCGAGAAGGAUCGCUCCCGCGACAAGGAUAAGGACAAGGACCGUAGGCGGCGUCGCGAUCGUGAAAGUGAAGACGAUGAGCGUGAUUAUGGGGACGACAAUCACCGCUCUUCACGCCGUAGUCGCAAAGAUCGCGAUCGCGAGCGACGCGAGUACGAUGAUCAUGAGCGCAAAGACAAGCCAUCUCAAUUGGAGAGGGAAGAGGAUGUCGUCGGUCAGAUGAUGAAGAAACGCGCUAUGUCUCCGCCCUUGAACGCACCAACCGGGCCCUCGGCGAAUGGCUUCAGCAUCAAGGGUCGCUCAAAGAACGCGGUCAUGCCUCCACCGGCCCAACCUCCUACCGGCCCACGAGCUUUCCAGCCACCCAAGGGUCCGGCUGCUGAUCGAAACAAAGACCGAAGCGGCGAAGCUAGGGAUCACCGUCGUAAAACCAGCGCCACUUCUACAUCGACUAUACCAACCGGCCCUUCAUCCAAAGACAAAGAAACGUUCCAAGACCAUUAUGCCGCUGAGCGAGAGCGCAACGCCCGAGAGCGAGAUAGUCGCGAACGCGUAGAGAAGCCACCCAGCUCCAGCAAGUCCCUUCAAUCACGCAUCUCUCCUUCAUCCCGCCCUACGCUCUCGAGUAAGCGUAGCAGAGACGACUUUGACGACGAGGCUCCGGUACCCACAGGCCCCAAAGCUGAUGCCAAGCCUCCCACAGGCCCCGCCGCGCAUCGUGACAAGCGCAGGAAGUCUGGUGCGACGGGUGACGACAACAUUGCCAGCCUCUUUACAGCGGGACUGCGUAAGAACGCCAAGGCUAGACGUGGUGGUGUGAGGACUGAAGGCGAUGUCGAGCGCGAGAUGAUGGAGCGGGAGCGGGAAAGGCGGUAA